AUGAGUGAAUGCGCGGCGUGUGCUCAGCCGAUUCUUGACAGGUAUGUGUUCACUGUACUGGGCAAAUGUUGGCACCAGACGUGCCUUCGAUGUUGCGAUUGCAUGGCACCAAUGUCGAUGACUUGCUUCAGCCGAGAUGGGCUCAUUCUGUGCAAAAAUGACUUCACGAGGCGAUACGGCCAGCGGUGUGCCGGAUGCGACGGAAACUUGGAGAAGGAAGAUCUCGUGCGUCGCGCGCGCGACAAGGUCUUUCACGUCCGCUGCUUCCAGUGCUCGGUUUGCCAGAAAAUGCUCGAUACCGGAGAUCAGCUGUACAUUCUCGAAGGCAAUCGAUUCGUGUGCCAGGCCGACUUCCAAAACGCCACCAAAACAUCAACACCGACGUCGUCGCACCGACCGGUAUCCAAUGGCUCCGAGUGCAAUUCGGAUUGUGAGGAGGAGAAUGUCGACGGAUGCGACGAGGUGUGCGGAUUGGAUGAUGAAAUGGGAAAGGACAACUCGGACGAUUCGAACUCGGCGAAGCGUCGCGGACCGAGAACCACGAUCAAGGCGAAACAGCUUGAAACUCUCAAGAAUGCGUUUGCUGCGACUCCGAAGCCGACCCGUCACAUCAGAGAGCAACUCGCCCAGGAGACCGGCCUCAACAUGCGAGUUAUACAGGUGUGGUUUCAAAAUCGUCGGAGCAAAGAACGCCGUAUGAAGCAGUUGCGAUUUGGCGGCUAUCGUCAAUCGCGACGACAACGACGCGACGACAUCGUCGACAUGUUCCCGAAUGAUGCCUCCAACUACUUCCCGCCACCUUCGUCGUCGGUUCCAUUCUUCAUCGAUCCGUAUGCGAGUCCGACAAACAGCGGCGAGCACAUGCCGCUGCCAGGAUUUGGAGUGCAGCCCGGAGAACAGAUAGCAAUUGAAUCAUUUCCGGAUCGUGCGGUGACGUCACCAGAAUUCGAGAAUGACAUGUCAACGAAUUUCGCGUGCAUCUACUCGAACGACCUCAACAAAUCGGCGCCGUGUGCUUGGUAA